GAAGCUCUAUCAAAGUUGAGAGUCUUUGGAAGAAGUUGUCAAGAAGCUGUCUUCUUCUUAGUCAUUUCCUCUUUCGGUUUAAAAUAAAAUCGACUAUAUUCAAGUCGCUUGGUGACCUGGACGUAUUUUUUAAGGAUCAUGCAAACUCUGAAAGGCGUCAGACACUUUGUGACGUCCGGCAUAGUGAAACAAGCAGUUUCAGAGCUCGUCGUUCCAGUGCCCUGGGGAGAGAUGAGAGGAAGGAUCUGGGGCCCUGACCACGGCCGCCCCGUGCUCUGCCUGCACGGCUGGGCUGACAACUGUGGCACCUUCAACACGCUCAUCCCCCUGCUACCCAAAGAGUGCAGAUAUGUGGCUGUGGACUUGGCAGGUCAUGGUCUGUCAUCCCAUCGUCCUAAUGGAGUCUUCUACUCCUUUCCUGAAUAUGUGGCGGAUGUAUGCCGAGUCAUUGAUGCUCUCCAGUGGACCAGGUUCUCCAUCAUCGGCCACAGCAUGGGGGGAAACAUUGCUGGGAUGUUCAGCGCUCUGUAUCCUGAGAUGGUGGAUGCAGUCGUCCUGCUGGACUCGUACGGAUUCCUUCCCACAGAUCCGAAAGAAAUACCCAAAGUGAUUAGGCAGGGAUUGGAUGAGAUGGUACAGUUUGAAAAAAAGAAAGAAGAAAAGAAGGGGAAAGUUUACACUUAUGAGAAAGCAGUUGAGAGGUUAUUGGCUGCAAACCCAACUCUAUCUGAACAGUCAGUGCACAUCCUUUUAGAACGAGGUCUAGCUCAAGUUGAAGGAGGAGUUGCAUUCUCCCGAGACAUUCGAGUCAAUCUAAAAAACAUUGUGCGCAUCACUUUGGAGCAGAGUCUGGAGCUGCAGUCGAAGAUACAAGCCUGCAUCCUAAUUGUUCUAGCAGAGGAAGGCUUUGAGAAAAUUUUUGCCGAAGGAGAACAAAAGAGAUACAUCCCAGCACUUCUCCAGGUCUAUAGGGACCUAAAUCACACGGUGGUGACGGUUCCCGGCGAUCAUCACGUUCACCUGAACAGUCCUGAGAUCGUCGCUCCCUUCGUCUGUGACUUCCUGCAGAGCAAAGUGCUCUCACAGCCGCUGAGCCCUGCAGACUCUCAGACAGCCAAGUUAUAACCUACACACACACACACACACACACACACACACACACAGACAUGCAUCCAGUUUGGCCAACUCACUCUCACACUUAAUUCCACUACACUGUUCGUCACUGUCUUGCCUAACAUAACAUUUUUCAUGCAACACAUGAACAAUCUGUAAAUGGAGGAGUCUCUGUACGUCUGUUGUCUUUCUGCAUUUCGAUUUUCUCGACAACCGUCCAUUUGACUGACUUCAGACUUGGCAGGUGUACCGCCGAUGAGCCAAGGGAGUGCAGUGUCAACUUUGAAGUGGAUCGGCUGAACAGCUGUCCAGAAAAUCGAAGGAACACACAUACACAUACAGUUCAGAGGCGAUGGGGGGAGGGUCAGUGCAGGAAGGCAGACUUUGACACACAGGAAACACAAACACACACUUUGUCUCUCUCUCUCUCUCUCUCUCUCUCUCUCUCCACCUGUUAACAGCUCCAGGUUUAUCUCAGCCUGUUAAAUCCACAUCUUACACUGCAUCUAAUCUAACCAAAAUGGAAGAAAUCUCUGAUGUCUGUCUGUGUUUCCUUCGAUUUUCUUGACAACUGUUGAUCUGAUUGACUUCACACUUGCCGGGUGUGUCGCUGAGGACCCGAAGAAGUGCGAUGUAGAGUGUGAAGUUGUUUGGAUGAGCGGUUGUCCAGAAAGCUGCAAGCAGAGAUAGUGGAGGCCAAGCAGUCGGCCAUGCACAGGCACGUUUUGGACGGCCCGUGAAAGUAGUAGUAGAACAAAGUAGAACAAAUAAACUGUACUUCUCUACAGACUAACUUGAAUGGAGACCUAACUUAUUCUGUUAACAUCUGACGUUUGGUUUUUGACAUGGUUCUGACUUAAGUGGCAUUUGACAGUGACAGUUUUUAGAUGUUGUAUUUACACUGUUCUGUGUACAUUUACCUCUUUGCCCCAGCCGCAGUUAAACAAGCUGUUUAUGUUUCCAGCCAGCUGUUUUAUGUUCUUUGUGAGGAGUUAAAGUAUUAAAAGCAUUUUAACAGAGA